GCCGUCGGCGCCUUCUGAGCCAAAGGCUUGUGUGAGAAUCUGGUGGAUGCCGGGCUGCUGCUGCUCUCUCUCCUGCCGCCGCCGCCGCUUCCUCCCGAGCUGCCAGAGCAUGGAGUAUUAAAGACGCGCGUUUCUGCAGUGUGAGAUAAGAUCCUGACACCAAGAUGGGAAAACAGAAUAGCAAGCUACGCCCUGAAGUCAUGCAAGAUUUGCUAGAAAGCACAGACUUUACUGAACAUGAGAUCCAGGAAUGGUACAAAGGUUUCCUGAGAGACUGUCCAAGUGGACAUUUGUCCAUGGAGGAGUUUAAGAAAAUCUAUGGGAACUUUUUUCCUUAUGGGGACGCUUCUAAAUUUGCUGAACACGUGUUCCGUACUUUUGAUGCUAACGGUGAUGGAACGAUAGACUUCAGAGAAUUUAUCAUAGCCUUGAGUGUAACGUCCCGAGGGAAACUGGAGCAAAAGCUAAAGUGGGCAUUCAGCAUGUAUGACCUGGACGGAAACGGAUACAUCAGCAAGGCAGAAAUGUUGGAAAUUGUCCAGGCAAUCUACAAGAUGGUUUCUUCAGUUAUGAAGAUGCCAGAAGAUGAAUCAACACCAGAGAAAAGAACAGAGAAAAUUUUCCGUCAGAUGGAUACUAAUCGGGAUGGGAAACUUUCUCUGGAAGAGUUUAUCCGGGGAGCCAAGAGUGAUCCAUCCAUUGUCCGUCUCCUUCAGUGUGAUCCCAGCAGUGCUGGGCAGUUCUAAAGCAAUUGUUUGGAUUAUUUUAUGUCUCUGUUCUAAUUUCUUUUCUCUUUUUGCCAAACAACAUUCAUGGUGGUGUUGCCUCGGUGUGGCCAACUAUGCCUUCUUUUGUGGCAUCUUUAGCUUUCUUUGUGGCAGAUCUGUUAGGAGUACUAAAUGCUCUCUGAUACUCAUCCUGGUUACAGAGAGUGCCAUUUGCACCAUCCAUGUCAUUUUUGAAAUUGUUGCAAAAUUCCAUGGCCUGACCCAGGAGUAAGCCCCAUUUUGUUUAAAGAGACUUACUAGCAUGCUUCAGACUGAAACCUUAAGUUUUGUUUCAUUGUCAGUUCCAAGCUUUAAAAAGGAAUAGGCAAGGGUUCUGAUGUAUCUAUGGAACAAAGUGGAAGAAAUGUCCACCAUAUUCACUUCAAUACUGGGGGAUGCUGAUGAAAAUCCCCAGACAUUGUAGUGAACAAAGACGCCCUGGUCACAUGAAGCUUCAUUGGUGCACCAGUUGUACUGUGUAAGUGUACAUGCUUCAAUCAGACCCAGGAUAAAUUAUGUUUGUAUCCCGACA